AUGCCAUCGCAACCUCCAACAAACUCCAUUACGCUCCGCACCCACCGCGCCGACGAUCUCAGCACGAUCGUCUCCCGCCACGGCGCGAUAUACGCAGCCGAAUACGGGUGGGACACAUCCGCCUGCGCGGCACUCGCCGCCCGCAUCCUCGACGAUUUCACCGACAACUACGACCCGGCGCUGGAGCGCUGUUGGAUCGCCGAGGACGCUGAAAACAAGUUCGUCGGCUGCGUCGUGCUGGUUAAGGACCGGGACGCUGCGGACGCUGCGAAACUCCGCCUGCUGCUCGUGGAGCCGAGCGCGCGGGGCAUGGGGGUUGGGAAAAAGCUGGUGGCACAGUGCAUCGCGUUUGCGCGGGAGGCGGGGUAUCGCAGGGUUGUGCUUUGGACGCAGAGUGUGCUGGUUUCGGCGAGGCGGAUAUACAAAGCGGCGGGGUUCAGGAUGCUGAAGACGGAGGAGCACGAGAGUUUUGGGGCGAAGGUGGUGGGUGAGUUUUGGGAGUUGGUUCUUUGA